ACGGGUGCCAACUGCCUACCGAGUGGCGUCCACUGAGUGAGAGCUGCCGUGCGGAACUGGCGGAGAUCAUUGUGUARGCCAAGGUGCUGGCAAUUCACCGGGAGCAGUACGGCGGGGCAGAGGGCCUCCACAACUCCUUGCCAUUCCCGUACGGGUAUGGUUAUGAGGGCGCAGAGGAAGGGUUGCUCUACUCCGCAGAGGUGGAGCUCAUGUGCGACCAGGCGUGGGGCAGCAUGCUGGAGGUGCCGGCGGGCUCGCGCCUCAACCUGACAGGGCUGGGGUACCUGUCYUGCCAGUCUCACACCGUGAUGGAGAACUACUCCUAUAUCUUCUUCCUCCGGAUGGAUGAGAACUACAACAUCCUGCCCCACGGGGUCAACUUCCAGGACGCCAUCUUCCCAGACACCGUAGAGAACCGCCGUACGUUCUCCAGCCUGUUCCAGUUCUCCAACUGCUCCCACGGACAACCCCUCCAGACCUUCUCCCCAGAGUGGGACCCCCAGGAGGACAGCAGGCUCCUGUGCUCCUCGGUGCAGGGGGCUCUGUUCGAGGAGGAGGAGAAGAGCAGGAAGCAGCAGGAGCGCCUGGGCCAGCUGGAGAGGAGGAACAGGCAGCUGAAGGAGCGCGUCCGGAAGGUGAAGCGCUCCCUCCGGAACGCCAGGAAGAGCCAGCGCCGGGCGGAGCAGGAGAGGCAAGGGCUGGAGGAGAGGCUGAGGUCAGCGGAGAGACGGGCUGGGCACCACCUCAAUUCCAUCACACAGGAGGCUACGCCCAACAGAUACCAGGAGGCUGUGUUACACCGCACGCCACACACACCGCUUUAGC